CAAUGGAACAUUAUUCAGCCAUAAAAAUAAAGUUGAUACAUGUAGCAACAUUGCUGUAACAUUAGGCUGAGUGAAAUAAGACAGACACAAAAUGACAAAUACUGUAUGGUUCCACUUAUGAAAUAUGAAAUAUCUAGAAUAGGCCAAUUCUUACAGGCAGAAAGUAGAUUAGAGCUUUAGUAGAUUAGUCCCCAGGAACUAGGGAGUGGGGACAAUGAGGAGUUAUUGCUUAAGAUUACAGAGUUUCCUGUUUGGGGUGAUGAAAAAGUUUUGGAAAUAGAUAACUGUACACUUUAAAAAACGGUCAAGAUUGCAAAUUUUGUUAUAUGCAUUUUUUACUAUUAAAAAUUAAUGUUAUAUAUUAAAAAACAGUGAUUUGUACACUUGAAAUUUGUACACUUUAUAUGGUAUGAGUUACAUCUCAGUAAACUUUUCAAUAAACACGGGUUGGGGAGGGACUAAGUUUCCUUUUCCUCCCUGAUUGUACAUCACUAACAACUUCUGUACAUGGUUUGUUUGUUUGUUGUUUGUUUUUGCCUCCUCUCUUCCCACGUUGUCCUUUCCUCUCCUUUGGUUUAGAAUUACUGGGAGAAACUGGAUAAUGAUCACCAGUGUCCUGAGGUUAGGAGUAACCACCUCAAGAGUCCCGUGAGCAGCCAGGCUGGGGAGGGAUUAUUUUCCCAAACAUUUUAGUCACACUGCUCCUAGGAUGGGAAGCCUGACAAGAUAGCUAAUAGAUUCUUAAAGAUUCAGCUGGUUGUAGUGAGACUCACUGGGAGCAGGGAAGCUCCAGAAGGUCGAAGUAUUUUGGACUCAAUAGGAUGGAUGGUGGCUUAAAGGAGAGUAGUAGCAAUGGGGGUAAGUGGUAGUAGCAAUGGGAAUGGAGUGGGGAGAUUGAUCAGGUAGAAACUUCGGAACUUAGGUCUGGCUGACUGAGUGGGAGACACAGAAAUAGAUAACAGAAUUAAGUAUCCAAGUACACAGGCCAAUACGGCAGCAACAUGAGGUGCGCUUAGUCCAGAACUUACGGCGACGGCUGGUCGAGGGCGGGGCUGAAGGUGGUGAGAAGCUCUUUCUGCUGGUUCGGCCGAAGCUCCUCUGCCCGGAUCGCCCGCCGGCUUCCCUGGGCCACAUCGCCAUGGCUGGCCCGGGCCCGGGCGCGGCGCUAGAGUCCCCGCGGCAGCUGCUGGGCCGCGUGCGCUUUCUGGCGGAGGCAGCGAAGAGCCUCCGUGCGGGGCGGCCGCUGCCGGCGGCGCUAGCUUUCGUGCCGCGCGAGGUGCUCUACAAGCUUUACAAGGACCCGGCGGGACCGUCGCGCGUGCUGCUGCCAGUGUGGGAGGCGGAAGGCCUGGGGCUGCGUGUGGGAGCCACGGGUCCGGCCCCCGGUACCGGCUCCGGGCCCCUCCGCGCCGCCCGCGACAGCAUCGAGCUGCGGCGCGGUGCCUGCGUGCGCACCACAGGCGAAGAGCUGUGCAACGGCCACGGGCUCUGGGUGAAGCUGACCAAGGAGCAGCUGACGGAACACCUGGGCGACUGCGGUCUGGACGAAGGCUGGCUCCUGGUGUGCCGCCCGGCCGAGGGCGGGGCCCGCCUGGUACCCAUCGACACUCCAGACCACCUCCAGCGGCAGCAGCAGCUCUUCGGAGUGGACUACCGCCCGGUGCUCAGAUGGGAACAGGUGGUGGACUUGACAUACUCGCAUCGCCUGGGAUCAAGGCCUCAGCCGGCCGAGGCAUACGCUGAAGCUGUACAAAGGCUACUCUAUGUGCCCCCGACGUGGACCUACGAGUGCGACGAGGACCUGAUCCACUUCUUGUACGACCACCUGGGCAAGGAGGAUGAGAACCUGGGUAGCGUGAAGCAGUAUGUGGAGAGCAUAGACGUUUCCUCCUACACGGAGGAGUUCAAUGUGUCCUGCCUGACAGACAGCAACGCAGACACCUACUGGGAGAGCGAUGGGUCCCAGUGCCAGCACUGGGUACGGCUGACCAUGAAGAAGGGCACCAUUGUCAAGAAGCUACUACUCACGGUGGAUACCACGGAUGACAACUUUAUGCCUAAGCGGGUGGUGGUCUAUGGGGGUGAAGGGGACAACCUGAAGAAGUUGAGUGAUGUGAGCAUUGACGAGACCCUGAUCGGGGACGUCUGUGUCCUGGAGGACAUGACUGUCCACCUUCCAGUCAUCGAGAUCCGCAUCGUCGAGUGCCGAGAUGACGGGAUUGAUGUGCGUCUUCGAGGGGUCAAGAUCAAGUCUUCUAGACAGCGGGAAUUAGGGCUAAAUGCAGACCUGUUCCAGCCCACCAAUCUUGUGCGAUACCCACGCCUAGAAGGCACUGACCCGGAAGUACUGUACCGCAGAGCUGUUCUCCUGCAAAGGUUCAUAAAGAUCUUAGACAGCGUCCUGCACCACCUGGUACCGGCCUGGGACCACACGCUGGGCACCUUCAGUGAGAUUAAGCAAGUAAAGCAGUUCCUGCUGCUGUCACGCCAGCGGCCGGGCCUGGUGGCCCAGUGCCUGCGUGACUCGGAGAGCAGCAAGCCCAGCUUCAUGCCACGUCUGUACAUCAACCGGCGCCUUGCCAUGGAACACCGUGCCUGCCCCUUACGGGAUCCCGCCUGCAAGAACGCUGUCUUCACCCAGGUUUAUGAAGGCCUCAAGCCCUCUGACAAGUAUGAAAAGCCCCUGGACUACAGGUGGCCCAUGCGCUAUGACCAGUGGUGGGAGUGUAAAUUCAUUGCAGAAGGCAUCAUUGACCAAGGAGGUGGUUUCCGGGACAGCUUGGCAGACAUGUCAGAAGAACUGUGCCCUAGCUCGGCGGACACCCCUGUGCCUCUGCCCUUCUUUGUACGAACAGCCAACCAGGGCAAUGGCACAGGCGAGGCCCGGGACAUGUAUGUGCCCAACCCCUCCUGCCGGGACUUUGCCAAGUAUGAGUGGAUUGGACAGCUGAUGGGGGCUGCCCUUCGGGGUAAGGAGUUCCUGGUCCUGGCUCUGCCGGGUUUCGUGUGGAAGCAGCUCUCUGGUGAAGAGGUGAGCUGGAGUAAGGACUUCCCAGCUGUGGACUCUGUGCUGGUGAAGCUCUUGGAAGUGAUGGAAGGAAUGGACAAGGAGACAUUUGAGUUCAAAUUUGGGAAGGAGCUAACAUUCACCACGGUGCUGAGUGACCAGCAGGUGGUGGAGCUGAUCCCUGGGGGUUCAGGCAUCGUGGUGGGAUAUGAGGACCGUUCCCGUUUCAUCCAACUGGUGCAGAAGGCACGGCUAGAAGAGAGCAAGGAGCAGGUGGCAGCCAUGCAGGCAGGUCUGCUGAAGGUGGUGCCACAGGCUGUGCUGGACUUGCUGACGUGGCAGGAAUUGGAGAAGAAGGUGUGCGGGGACCCAGAGGUCACUGUGGAUGCCCUGCGCAAGCUCACCCGGUUUGAGGACUUCGAGCCAUCUGACACCCGGGUGCAGUAUUUCUGGGAGGCACUGAACAACUUCACCAACGAGGACCGGAGCCGCUUCCUGCGCUUUGUCACCGGCCGCAGCCGUCUGCCGGCACGGAUCUACAUCUACCCAGACAAGCUGGGCUAUGAGACCACAGACGCGCUGCCUGAGUCAUCCACCUGCUCCAGCACCCUCUUCCUGCCGCACUAUGCCAGCGCCAAGGUGUGUGAGGAGAAGCUCCGAUACGCUGCCUACAACUGUGUGGCCAUUGACACCGACAUGAGCCCUUGGGAGGAGUGAGUCGGCGCCAGGGGGCAGUCGCAGGCCUGCAGGACUGCGCCUGCGCUGGUCCCAUGGGAUCUCCCCCUGAGCACCCAGGGCAGAGACACCUUCCCUGGACCAGCGCAAUCUGAGCAGAAAACGCCAGUGCACUGCACCCCUGGGUGCGGUUGAAGUGGGAGCAGUGGGUUGACACUGGUGGCCCAGCCCCACAGACCCUCAAGCCCUACACGUGCUCGGGUUUGCUCCCACUUCUUGUGAGAGGAAUCUUCCACAAGCCCAGCACAAGCUGCCAGGCCUGAGCUACUUGAAGGGGGCCUUCUUCUAGCUCCCCACCUCAUGGACUUUGUUUCAGUUUUCGACUCCUUUUUUUUUCCUCCAUAUUUUUCUCUGGUUUCAGCCUGAACUAAAAAUUUGUGGGGGUGGGGUGGAGCUCCUCCCCCACCAAGUCUCCAGGAAUGGAUAAGGAGUGAUGGCCAUCCUCCUUGGUCACCUGAACCAAGAAUAAAGCAACAACUGAACAUCCUCUCCUUCACAUAUUGGUCUUUCCCUCCAUUCCCUCCAUCCCCAAGGUGUGAGCUCCGACUUUCCUUCUCCAACUCAGUUCCAGCUAACAAAGUGCCACCACUGUCCCUGACUCAGAACAUAUAGCUACUCAACAUUAAACCUUUACCACUGCUUCCACCCCCUAUUCAUCACUUCUGCAACACCUGGCUCCCUGUCUGCUGUCUUGCCCUCCAAGAUCUUGCCCAGGUUAAGGCCAGUUAUGUCCUCCCUGAAAUCUCCAGUAGCUCCUCUUUACCCAACUCUAAAACAAAACCUAGGCUUUAACCCUCCUCCUAGAUUUUAUGCAUGUCCCGCCCCAGCCUUUUCUCCCUUAAGAGCUUCCAUGACACUCCAUCCAAGAAGUUCUUACACAUGGAAAAGUUGAAUAAAUGGAUGAAUUCAUUCCUUCA